AUGUUCUUAAGGUUUUGGUGGUUUUCAAGGGAGUGGGUACUUCCCAAUCGUCAUUCUGAAGGGACUAAAGUGUAUAACAAUGAGGCUCUUAGAACCCCCUUUGUGAAAGCAGAGAUUGAUGAUCCUGCAAUUGAAGCUAUACAGUUUUUAAUAGUAGAUGAAAGACGUAAUAGAUGGUAUAAAGAUAAUGAUCAAAACUUUUAUCUAAAGUUGCCUUUGAGAGAGAAGCCAGUUUCUAAUGUUGAAGUUCCUGAAGACCUUGUACAAAUUCAAGCAUAUCUGAGAUGGGAGAGAAAUGGGAAACAAACCUAUACCCUUGAACAAGAAAAGAAAGAAUUUGAAGAAGCAAGAAAAGAGUUGCAGAGGGAACUAGAAAAGGGUAGUUAUGUUGAUGACAUAAGGAACAAAACUACCAAAGGAGACGUGCAAAAAAAGGUUCAAAAGCAGCAGGAGAAAAAAAUUUACUUCACUCCUGUAAGAAUUAACCGUAAAAAGAGGGAUUUAACACAACUUCUCAAGAAACCAACUCCAACAUAUAGACUUUAUGAUAAAGAGUUUUUGGUACUUGUAACAAAAGCUUCAGGUAAGACUAGAGUUCAUUUGGCAACAGACAUGGAGGGGCCUCUCAUUCUUCACUGGGCAUUGUCAGAGAGAACUAGGGAGUGGUUGAAACCACCUGUGAAUUUGUUACCAGAAGGUUCCACUUCUUUAGAAAAGGCUGCUGAAACACAAUUUUCUACAAUCUCUAUUGAUGAUCCCAGUAACAAGCAGAUACAGACAUUAGGAUUAGAAAUUGACGAAGAUAGUGAUUCAGACUUUUAUGUUGACUUCACUGGGCCGAAGAAAGCAAUAAAGGAUGUUGGUGAUGGGAAGGGUACAACCAAGGACCUGUUGGAGAAAAUAGCAUCACUGGAAAGUGAGGCUGAAAAGUCUUUUAUGCAUUCAAUAUUGCAGCAAGUCCGAUGGAAGAAGCCAAGGAUGCUGAUGAUGCUUAGGGCCUUUUUUUUCUCAUCAUGUCCUGUUAUGGUGUCUGUCUGGAUUAAUUGCUGUAUACAUAAGUGA